UACAUAACGAUGAACAUUAUAACUCGUUCACUGAGUCGCUCGUUGUUCUCUCUGCAUUUUCUGCCACUAGGGUUAUCUCUUCCAUUUCUUCUUCAACCCGUUCCUUUCAGCGCUUCGAUUCCGUUGAAGCAAAAAUUUCAUCGUCAUCGAUUCUGCUCUUCGUACACUAAUCUGAUUUUAGGAUAAUAUGGAAAAAACUAAUGGUAGAUCGAGAGGUCGUCCUAAGAAACGAAGAAAGGAGGACGAAAAGGACGUAAAAUCGGUUGCUGAUGCCAAACGGCCUCCGUUGGAGGCCAAACCAAUAGCAUUGGUUGGCAGAUACGUGCUGAAGGAGUUCCCAGAAAAUGGGAUUUUUCUGGGGAAAGUUGUCUACUAUGACAGUGGAUUGUAUAGAGUGAAUUAUGAAGAUGGCGAUUUUGAAGAUUUAGAGAGUGUAGAAAUCCGUCCCAUACUUAUUGGCGACGAUGCUUUUGAUGCUGGUUUGGUUAAGAGGAGGACCAAAUUAGAGAAGUUAGUGGCGAGGAAUAGCGCCAAGGUUGCGGACGUAACUGAAAAGGAUUCAGUUAAAGCUGCUGGCAAAGAGGAAUCUGCAGUUGGUGUAGCUUCUUCUGGUGAAUUGAAUGGCGGGCCAUCAUUGGAGAAUGAUGAUGAUGAAGAUGAUGGAGCAGACGCUGAUGUGGCAAGCGAGUCUGUUUCUGAUGUCGAGACACUGCCUUUGCCGCCACCAUUACAGUUGCCGUCAUCAUCGGGAACUAUUGGUGUGCCGGAGCCAAGUGUCUCCCAUCUUUUCUCUAUCUACGGAUUCUUGAGAUCCUUCAGCACUCAAUUAUUUCUUCAUCCCUUUACUUUGGAUGAAUUUGUUGGUGCUCUGAAUUCUCAAGUCUCCAACACGUUAUUUGAUGCCAUUCAUUUUUCCCUAAUGCGGGUGUUAAGGCAUAAUCUUGAGACACUGUCAGCUGAGGGAUCUGAGCUUGCAUCGCAUUGCCUUCGGUGCAACGAUUGGAACUUGCUUGAUACGUUGACUUGGUCUGUUUUUGUGGUUUUGUAUUUGGUGGUUAAAGGAUACACCAAAGGACCCGAAUGGAAGGGAUUUUAUGAUGAGGUUUUUAGUACUGACUAUUAUUUGUUGCCUGUAAGUAGGAAGUUAAUGAUACUGCAAAUUCUUUGUGACGAUGUUUUGGAAUCUGAGGAGCUAAAAACUGAAAUGAACAUGCGAAAGGAAUCAGAGGUCGGUGUGGAUUAUGAUGCAGAAGAUAUCCUUCCUGCAGAAAUGGGACCGAGAAAAGUUCAUCCAAGAUAUACCAGGACCUCUUUUUGUGAGGAUAAAGAAGCUAUCAAAUUGGUUUCAGAAAGCACCGAGGAUGGGGAUUUUGAUAGAAAUGGAGAUGAAUGUCGCCUCUGUGGUAUGGAUGGAACCCUUCUUUGUUGUGAUGGGUGUCCCUCUUCUUACCAUUCAAGGUGUAUUGGUGUGAUGAAAAGUUUUAUACCAGAAGGGCCAUGGUAUUGUCCAGAAUGCAAAAUCAAUAUGACUGGGCCCACAAUUGCAAAGGGAACCUCACUUAGAGGGGCUGAAAUAUUUGGAAAGGAUUUGUAUGGGCAGCUCUUCAUGGGUACAUGCGACCACUUGCUUGUGCUGAACAUUGGCAACAAUGAAGUUUGUCUUAGAUAUUACAAUCAGAAGGACAUUCCUAAAGUUGUCCAACUGCUUUAUGAAUCCACGCUGCAUAGGCCAAUGUACUAUGGUAUUUGCAUGGCAGUGCUACAAUACUGGAAUAUUUCCGAAAACUUCUUGCCUCUUCCUGCUUCAACUGAAACAAAUAUGAAGGAUGAGACAGAAUUUUAUGCCCCUUUACUUCCUCCUCCAAGUGAAGACAACCAUAAACCCGUUAGUUUGGUCAAGGGAGAGAAUUCUCCAACCACUGCGAGUUUGAUUCACAAUGAUAAUAGGGUGCCUUCUCUUGAUGCUUUGCAAGUUAGCACUCAAAGUUCUGCUCUUCAUAGCAAUGGCAUUGCUAGGAGUGAAGAGGGCCUUACUGUGGUUAAUAACAUUGCUGCGGAAACUAGGAUAGAGGCAAUAACUUCAGCUGGUUCUGUUAGCCAUCAGUCGGACACGAACUUGCAGAACUCUGUCAAUAUGUCAACUACAGUAGAUGCUGUUAAUUGCUCUUUGGUGAAAAGUCAAUUAAGUCAUUGCGGCCAUGCAAAUGAUAUGGGGUUGCCUUUGAAUUUUUCUUUGCUAAACAAAGAAAAUGCCCCAGUAGGCUUUGGGAAGUAUGAAAGCAAUGUAAAUGAUGAUUUUUGUUACUUUGGUUUCUCCUAUAAACCCACAUCAUACAUAAACUGCUAUAUGCAUGGUGACUUUUCCGCAUCAGCAGCUGCCAAAUUUGCCAUGAUUUCUUCAGAGGAGUCUAAGUCAGAAGGUCAUGCAUCAGACAGCAAUAAAAAAACGAUAUCUGCCUAUACUUACUUGCAAGCAAAAGCAUUCUCACUAGCAGCAUCACGUUUCUUUUGGCCAAGUUCUGAAAAGAAGCCCGUGGAGGUUCCAAGAGAAAGGUGUGGUUGGUGCCUUUCCUGUAAAGCCAAUGUUGCUAGCAAGAGAGGGUGCAUGUUAAAUCAUGCUCUUAUAAGUGCCACAAAAAGUGCCAUGAGAAUCCUUGCUAAAUUUUCUCCUUUAAGGAGUGGAGAUGGAAGUUUUCCUAGCACCAUUGCAACUUACAUUUUAUAUAUGGAGAAAUGUUUACAUGGUUUAGUCGUUGGGCCCUUCAUAAAUGCAAGCUAUAGAAACAACUGGCGUAAGCAAGUGGAACAGGCCACAACACUUGGUGCUCUCAAACCACUUCUACUUAAUCUUGAGGAGAACAUUAGAACCAUUGCUUUUUGUGGGGACUGGGCUAAGCUGAUGGAUGAUCGGUUGGUUGAGUUUUCCAUAAUACAAAGUGCCACAUCUACUCAAGGAACAACUCAGAAACGUGCACCAAGUGGGAGGCGUAAUAAAAAGAGAUCAUCGAUUGAUGAAGCUAUAGAUGAUAGUUCCCAGGAAGGCAUGUGGUGGCGCGGUGGCAAAGUUACCAAAUUUAUAUUUCAGAAUGUAGCUUUGCCGAAAUCCAUGGUCAGAAAAGCAGCUCGCCAAGGUGGUUCGAGGAAAAUUUCGGGUAUUGUCUAUGCCGAUGGCUCUGAAAUUCCCAAAAGAAGUAGACAGCUUGUUUGGAGAGUCGCAGUUCAAAUGAGUAGAAAUGCCUCACAGCUGGCACUCCAGGUCAGAUACCUAGAUUCUUAUCUUAGAUGGAGUGAUCUGAUUCGUCCAGAGCAGAACAUACAGGAUGGGAAAGGUCAAGAGACUGAAGCUUCUGCUUUCCGAAAUGCGAACAUUUGUGAUAAAAAAUUUGUUAAUGGAAAAAUUUGUUAUGGAAUAGCUUUUGGUAGCCAAAAGCAUCUUCCUAAUAGGGUGAUGAAAAGUGUUAUUGAAAAAGAGCAAAUUUCAGAAGGAAAAGAAAAGUAUUGGUUUUCUGAAACUAGAAUUCCUUUAUAUUUGAUAAAAGAGUAUGAAGAAGGUAAUGAAAAGGUUCCAUGUGAAGAGCACUAUAGUGGUGCAUCUCAGUUGAACAGAAGGCGGUUGAAAGGUACCUGCGACGACAUACUCUUUUACCUCACUUGCAAGAGAGACAACUUGGCAUUCUCGUGUUCUUCAUGUCAGAUGGGAAUUUCAAUUCGGAAUGCUCACAAGUGUAAUGCAUGUCAAGGUUAUUGUCAUGAGGACUGUUCCAUAAGUUCAGUUUCUAUACUCUCUACAAAUGGGGAAGUUGAGCGCUUGACCACAUGCAAACAAUGUCACCGUGCCAAGUUACUUGCUCCAAACGUAAUUAGUGAUGAAUCUCCAACCAGUCCUUUAAUCUUACAAGGACAGGAAAACAGCUCUGGGACUAUUUUCAAAGGACCAAGGCCAAAGGCUGGUCAUUCUGACACGAAACAAGUUAAUUCUGUUUCAGUUUCAAAAGGAUCGAAGCGUAAAUGUCCUGAUCAAACUUUGAGUUCUAGCAGGAAAAAAAAAUGUCAUCCUGAUACCAAACAAGCUGCGUCUGGUUCCACUUUGGUGGAAUCAAGCAACCGUCGCAACAAUAAUUUUAGUUGGGGUCUUAUAUGGAAAAGGAAAAGUAAUGAAGAAAACAAUGAUUUUAGGAUAAAAAACAUACUUUUAAAGGGAGGAUCAAACAUGCCUGAUCUAUCUCCUGUUUGUAAGUUAUGUAAAAAGGCAUAUAGGUCAGAUCUAAUGUAUAUCCGCUGCGAGACAUGCCAAAAUUGGUUUCAUGCUGAAGCUGUUGAACUUGAAGAAUCCAAAAUUUCGACUUUGUUGGGCUUCAAAUGUUGCAAGUGUCGCAGGAUAAAAUCACCUGUGUGUCCGUACUUUGAACCAGAACCUACGUCAGAAGUUAAGAAAUCACGCAGAAGAGCUUCAAAGAAAGAACAGUCUGGAGGCAAUUCUGAUUCCGGAACAUUCAAUGAUAUCAGAGAUUCUGAACCUGCUACUCCUGUCUUUCCUGUGGAGAGUGAUCCUUUACUUUUUUCUCUUUCAAAUGUUGAGCUCAUUACAGAAUCUAAUAAAUUAGAUUUGGAUGUUCAGUGGAACACUGCCUCUGUGCCAGUGCCUCAGAAAUUGCCAGUUAGAAGGCAUGUUAAGCAUGAGGGGGAUGAUGAUGGUUCUGUUGCAGGAAUUCCUUUACAUGCUGAUUUUUCAACACACAGUGAAGCAGGUUAUCUGCCCAAUCCUGCAGAUUCGGAACUACCUUUAGAAUACGACUCUGCUGUUUUCGACAGCAAUCUGCCGAACAACUAUGAGUUUGGGAAUGAUCAAUCUUUUGAUUACAAUUACAAUAACAAUUACAAUCCUAAUCUCUAUUUCGAUCCAAAUGAACUGCUAUGCACAGAUGAAGGCCAGAUUGAUGAAGGCCAGAUUGAUGGAGGCCAGAUUGAUGGAAGCCAGAUUGAUGGAGGCCAGAUUGAUGGAAUCCAGAUUGAUGGAGGCCAGAUUGAUGGAAGCCAGAUUGAUGGAGGCCAGAUUGAUGGAAUCCAGAUUGAUGGAGGCCAGAUUGAUGGAAUCCAGAUUGAUGGAGGCCAGAUUGAUGGAAGCCAGAUUGAUGGAGGUCGGAUUGAUGGAAGUGAUUUGUCUAUGGAUUUGUUGAAAUAUGAUUUUGAGGAUUCUGGUGUCGCUGUUCCUGAAGAAUUUGGAGAAUUUGGAGAUUUUGGAGAAUUUGAAGAGAACAUUUAUUGCAAUAUAUGUUUACAAAAUGCACCAGAUCUUGAUCGUUUUUGUGAGACAUGUGGGGUUUUGUGUCACAGCAGUUGUAUGCCUUGGCCUGAAUCAGUUUAUGAUGGUGAAAAGUGGAAGUGUAUGAAUUGCCGGGAUUGGCAAUAACUUAUUGGUGUGUCAUUCUGUGGAGCUUUUGUGCUGCUGAGUUUUGGAAGUUGUUUUAGCAGAGCUGGUGGGUUCUUGAGAAGAAUAUUGUAUUGAUAUUUGUCGGAGCUGAGUCAAUCAAUGAUGUAUGGAUUGGUCGCAGAUAGCUCACCAUGGACGAGUAGCCGUAGAAUUUGGAGGCAAAUUUAUUUUCCCCACUUCGAGACGUUUGUUGGCUUCUGCCCUGUUCAUAUGAAUAUGUUUCUUCCUGGGUGCCUAGUGGACCCAAUUUUGUCAACAAAUCGUAUGGUAUGGUUUUCAGUCUGCAGUUGUUGGUUCGGUUGAUACUAUUGGAUCAUGGUUUAUCUGCUGAUUUUAUUCUCUUGUCCUCACAUGUGAUUGUUUUCUCCAUUUUACAAUCCACAAAUUGUCUGAUCAUAGAGAUAAACAGGUUUUUCUAAGUAUGGUGCUUAUCUUGCACUAUAAUUAUUUGUACAGAAUAGAAUACUAAUUUUUUGAGUCCGGGCAAAAUGAACAAGCUGCACUCAAUUGAAAUAGGAAAUUCUAUACUGCAUUCAUAUUCACUCACAGUGAAGCUGCUUUAGCAUCA